AUGAGUGAUCAUCUCCUGAUCUCAUUUUUCAUACUGGUCUUGUGCAUAGACGCGGCCAGAGCAGGACUGUUCGAGAAGAACCGUGUCGUGAUCGUAAACGAGCUGCAACACGGCAAGCUCCUCAUGGUUCAUUGCAAGUCCAAAGACGACGAUCUCAAAUUCCAUUUGCUUGCUCCGGGCGCCAUCUACGAAUUCGGGUUCCGCGACAACGCUCCUCUCACGACGCCCUUCUGGUGCAACCUGUGGCAAGGGCCUCGCUACAAGCAUCACCAAGCGUUCGAGGUUUAUCGGUCUCUCGGGGUCCCGCAGUUUGGGAGAAGGUUCGCAUGGGAAUCGAGAGAGGACGGCAUCUAUCAGUAUAUAGACGAGAGCCGUUCGGUAUUCAGGUAUAGAUGGGACGCUCCUCAUGGAGACGAUUCUCCCUCGAGUUCUUUUGACGAGAACUUGCCACCCCGUUAG